CAUAAGCCAAGCUGACCAGUCCCGGUCCUGCAGUUUGACCGGAACCGGUUGAACCGGCCGGUUGAUAAGUCUCGACCGGACCGGACCGGUAACCGGCGCCCGGUCGCCCGGUCCGGUUGCAUCUCUGAUUAUGGAUCCUUCAUCAAGUAGAAUCUUAUCUCAACGUCAGAAAUUCCGUUGUCUAUGCUCGAAUUAUCAGUCUCUGGUUCAUGAUUUCUUAAGGUCAGCUGUUGAUACUUCAGUUAAUACAGACUCUGUUGAGCCGCCAGAAGCCAAUCAAUUUGAAGUAUUAUCACUUAAGUAUAAAUAUCCAUUUUUGAAUAAAGAACGUCCCUGGUUUGAAAUGUCAACGAUUAAUACCGAUUCAAAUGUCAAAAUCAAAACAUAUUAA